CACACACACUUUAACACACUUUAAUGUCGACCUGUUUAUGUUGUGUAGCACUUUAGAGCUAACUCUGCUAACAGCGCUGUGCAUAUUGGAGCCACGUGGUGUGUGUGUGUGUGUGUGUGUGUAAAUGAUAACACACUCUCCAUCCACGGUCAGUCUGCAGGCUGAGAGCAGAGGACACACACACACACACUCUCCUGACUGCUGGACUCCGGCUAUUUCCCGCUUCACUCCUCCAACAAACACACAGUUGAUUGGAUCCGUGUUCAUGUGGCAUUACAAGAUAAUAUAAGACCCCAGGCCUCGACUUCAGGUACGAUGGCAGAGAGGGUGCUGGUGGUCGGCAGCGGGGCACGGGAGCACGUGCUGGCCUGGAAGCUGGCCCAGUCGCCGCAGGUUCAGCAGGUUCUGGUGGCGCCGGGCAACGCGGGCACGGCCAACUGCGGGAAGAUCAGCAACUCUGAGGUUUCUGUGAGUAAUCACACCAUCCUGGCUCAGUUCUGCAAGGAUCAUCACGUCGGGCUGGUCGUGGUCGGACCCGAGGUGCCUCUGGCAGCAGGUAUCGUGGACGACCUGACGGCGGCCGGAGUUCCCUGUUUCGGCCCGUCCGCCAAAGCGGCUCAGUUGGAGGCGAGCAAAAGCUUCUCCAAGGCCUUCAUGGAGCGCCACGGCAUCCCCACGGCACGUUACGGCUCCUUCAUCGACGCCCAGGAGGCCUGCGACUACAUCCGAACGGCCGACUUCCCGGCGUUGGUGGUGAAGGCCAGCGGACUGGCGGCAGGGAAGGGAGUCAUCGUGGCAGGAGACCAGGACGAGGCUUGUCAGGCUGUGAUGGACAUCAUGAAGGACCGCGCCUUCGGAUCAGCCGGGGACACCGUGGUGGUUGAAGAGCUUCUCGAGGGAGAGGAAGUGUCUUGUUUGUGCUUCAGCGACGGCUCCUCCGUGUCCCCGAUGCCUCCGGCUCAGGACCACAAGAGGCUGCAGGACGGCGACCUGGGUCCAAACACCGGCGGCAUGGGCGCCUACUGCCCCACUCCUCAGGUGAGUCAGGAGCUGCUGCAGCAGGUCAGAGAGUCGGUCCUUCAGAAGACGGUGGACGGGAUGAAGCAGGAGGGAACUCCUUAUGUUGGUGUGCUGUACGCAGGCCUCAUGUUGACCAAGCAGGGGCCCAAAGUCCUCGAGUUCAACUGCCGCUUUGGAGACCCCGAGUGUCAGGUGCUGCUGCCGCUCCUGAAGAGCGACCUGUAUGACGUCAUCCUGAACACCAUGAGUGGCAAACUGGCCUCCAGCGCCCCCGUGUGGCACCAGGACAGCUCUGCAGUCACCGUGGUCAUGGCCAGUGCCGGUUACCCCGGCUCCUACAAGAAGGGAGUGGAGAUCACAGGUCUGUCCCAGCUUCAGGACAUGGGGCUGCAGGUUUUCCACGCUGGCACCGCCCUGAAGGACGGAGGCGUCGUCUCGAGCGGCGGGCGGGUCCUGACCGUCACAGCGGUCAGACCGUCCUUGGAAGCGGCCCUGGAGGCGGCCAAUAAGGGCGUGGCAGGCGUGGGUUUCCCGGGUUCUGUGUACCGCCGCGACAUCGGCCACCGGGCCAUCGCCCACCUGAACCAACACAGAGGUCUGACCUACAAGGACAGCGGCGUGGACAUUGCCGCCGGUAACAAGCUGGUGGAUCUGAUCAAACCUCUGGCUAAGGCGACUUCCCGAGCCGGGUGUAACGCAGAACUCGGAGGAUUUGCCGGCCUGUUUGAUCUGAAGGCAGCCGGUUUCAUCGACCCGAUCCUCGUCUCCGGGACAGACGGCGUGGGGACCAAGCUCAAGAUCGCUCAGGCGUGCGGCCAGCACGGCGGCCUCGGUCAGGACCUGGUGGCCAUGUGUGUGAACGACGUGCUGGCUCAGGGCGCCGAGCCGCUCUUCUUUCUCGACUAUUUCUCCUGCGGCAGGCUGGACGUGGACGUGGCCGCCUCGGUGGUCGGCGGCAUCGCGAAGGCCUGCGAGAUGGCCGGCUGCGCUCUGCUCGGCGGUGAGACAGCAGAGAUGCCUGGCGUCUACGCCCCAGGAGAGUAUGACCUGGCCGGGUUCUGCGUCGGAGCAGUGGAGCGUGGAGCCCUGCUGCCCAGGCUGGGGGACAUCGCCGAGGGGGACAUGCUGAUCGGUGUUGCCUCCUCUGGGGUUCAUAGCAACGGCUUCAGCCUGGUCCGCAAAGUCCUGGAGAGGGCCGAGCUCGGCUACAGCUCCCCUGCUCCUUUUGGGAAGUCGGGACAGACCGUCGGCGAGGUUCUGCUGACGCCGACAAAGAUCUACAGCCGUCUGCUGCUGCCGGUCCUUCGUAGCGGCGCUGUCAAAGCCUACGCUCACAUCACAGGCGGCGGGCUGCUGGAGAACAUCCCGCGGGUGCUGCCCCAGGAGCUGGCAGUCGACUUGGAUGCCUCUCGGUGGAGCAUCCCUCUGGUGUUCUCCUGGCUGCACAAGGAGGGAGGUCUAAGUGAGGAGGAGAUGGCCCGAACCUUCAACUGCGGCCUGGGGGCGGUGCUGGUGGUGUCCCCUGUGGAUGCUCAGAGGGUGCUACGCCAGCUUCAAGCACACGAAGAGGCCUGGAUCGUUGGUUCACUGGCUCACAAGCAGUCAGGAGCAGAACCUGUGGUGGUCCGCAACCUGAAGCACAGCCUGCUGAACGCAGGACCGGCCUCCCCCGGUGGAGAGCUGGUUGUUGGGCAGAACGGCGACAGCGGCAGGCCGCAAAAGAAGACCAGAGUAGGCGUUCUGAUCUCGGGCACAGGGACUAACCUGCAGGCUCUGAUCGAGCAGGCCAGGCGUCCGUCCAGCUCUGCAGAGAUUGUUGUGGUCAUCUCCAACAGACCUGGAGUUCAGGGCCUGAAGAGAGCGUCGCUGGCCGGCAUCCAGACACGGGUGGUCGACCACAAACUGUACGGCAGCCGAGCUGAGUUCGACGGCACCAUCAAUCGCGUGCUGGAGGAGUUUUGUAAAAAAUUUGUAAAAAUUAAUGAACGUCUGUAUAGUGAAAGUGUUAUUUCAUGAUUAAAUCUUCCUGGAUGAGUAUGUAUGUA